GGAAAUCAGCUCAAGCAGUCAGCUCCACUGCGAAAUUAUUUUCCUUCGUUUCUGUCGGUGGUUACACCAUCUCUGUGAGAGAGUAGGAAAUGGAUAAGUCACCAGAAACACGACACCCAGUCCCUGCAUUCGGGUGGGCAGCUAGAGACCCAUCUGGACAACUUUCUCCUUUCAACUUCUCUAGAAGGGAGACUGGUGAGGACGAUGUGAGAUUCAAGGUUUCGUAUUGUGGGAUUUGUCACACUGAUCUACAUUGCAUCAAGAAUGAAUGGGGUUCCGCCAAUUACCCUCUUAUUCCUGGCCAUGAGAUUACUGGAGUGGUGACAGAAGUGGGGAGCAAGGUGAAGAAAGUUAAAGUGGGAGAUAAGGUGGGAGUAGGGUGCCUAGUUCGAUCAUGUCGAACAUGCGAGCACUGUGCCAAUGACUAUGAAAAUUACUGCCCUAAGCCGGUAUUUACCUACGAUGCUCCGGAUUAUGAUGGGACGGUCACAUAUGGUGGCUACUCGGAUUACAUGGUUGCCAAUGAGCACUUCAUUAUUAAGUUCCCGGACAACAUGCCGCUUGAUGCCGGUGCUCCCCUGCUGUGUGCUGGAAUCACAGUUUACAGUCCCUUGAAAUAUUUUGGGCUAGACGUACCGGGUACACAUAUUGCUGUCGCUGGCCUGGGUGGGCUUGGUCAUGUUGCUGUUAAGUUUGCAAAGGCUUUUGGCGCAAAAGUGACAGUGAUUAGUACCUCUCCUAAGAAGAAACAAGAGGCUUUGGAGCAUCUUGGUGCAGACUACUUCUUGGUUAGCAGUGAUCAAGACCAAUUGAAGGCUGCUAAGGGUACAAUGGACGGUAUCAUCGACACCAUUUCCGCACCUCACUCUAUUGUGUCACUGACUGGACUGUUGAAGCCUCAUGGAAAACUUGUCCUGGUUGGUCUACCAGAGAAGCCGCUUGAGUUGCCUGCAUUUGCUGUGGUCCCGGGGAGGAAGACAUUAGCUGGGAGCAACAUUGGAGGGUUGAAGGAGACACAAGAGAUGUUGGACUUUGCGGCAAAGCACAAUAUAACAUCAGACAUUGAAGUUAUUCCAAUCGAUUAUGUGAACACUGCGAUGGAGCGCCUCGCAAAAGGAGAUGUUAGAUAUCGAUUCGUUAUCGACAUUGGGAACACCUUGGCUGCUACCAAACCUUGAUGAGACUAGUUAUCAACCUUAUGUUUUCAGAAUGCCUAUAUGUAUUCUAUGGUUCUAUUUGCUGCGUCUGUUUUCUGAAUGCUAUGUAUUACAAUAGUACUAUUUGGUGUGCCUGUUGUUUGAAUGCUAUGGCAUUAUUAUGGUACCAUUAAGGAGUU